AUGGCGUCAAAGAAGACGAGGCAAAACCAUUCUAUACAGCAUUUACUAGAGCUGCCAAGCAACAGAGAGACAAAAUUACCGUUAUAUUCUGUGAAGGAGUCGACCCAAACGCCACUUAUUCCAACCCCUCGACAGGUCCCGGUGACUGUGCUGCAUCCCUCUCCGAAAAAGUUGUAUCUGAGCAAGACUCGACAGAGUGGCCUCACGGACGAUUUGCAUCUUUCACGAACGGUCAGUCCAACUGUGCGCCAGCAAGAGUCGAUCUUCCCAAGGCGGGACUAUCCCCGCCAAAUCAUGAACAAGGUGGAUGAUCGAGUCAGGUCGCCAGGUACGUCACGAUGUUUAACUACCACCAUGUCGCUCUCAAUUUCACCCUCGAGCCCUGAGGAACCUGUCACGCUGGUGGAACUGACCAGCGUGCCAGGUGGCCAGAAUGCGAUGGCUCAUCUCAAAAAACGGAAGCUGGAAGCAGAAUCUGUCAGCCCAAAUCCUAAGCAACCACAACAGCAGCCACAACAACAACAACAACAACAACAACAGCCGCAUUAUCAGCAGCAGCAACCCUUGAUCAACAAGAAGGCUGUUCAAGCGAUCAUUCCCCAAGAAAUGGAGACAGCUGAUGCUGCCGCUAAACGAAGAAGGAAAAGCGUCCGUGACGAUGAGACGCGUAAAUCGCUUGACGCCAAUGACUCGAGCAAGAAUAUACCGUUGCCACAAAAGAAACGAGCUUUCGCUGCUGGAAAUUCGGGUAGUCCUGCGAGAAAAUCGAGCAAACACUCGGAGGAGCCCGAGGACGAUGAGACUCUCAUCAGAGAGACUGAGGCCGCUUUGAAAAGUUUGUCCGGAAGUUGGCCAGGUCCUAGAGGUUCUUUGUAUCAACGAGGCAAUACGGACGAGGAUAAAUACGAGUCGAAUUUCGAGAAUUUGUUCGAAGAGAAGAAGGAAAAUCCGAAAUUGUCGCCCUCGUCGAUGUCCACUUCGUCAACGACAAGCAACGACGCGGGAUGUUCCCUGAAAGACGUGAUAUCUUUCCGCGGUCAACAAGAUCGAAGCAACAGAUCCCAGCAGCAACAGCUGAAGCAACAACAAGACGUGACGAAACAACAGCAACAACACCCGGGCAAAGUGAAAAAGGAUCUGGACAAUUUGUUAAAGACGGAAAACGAGUGCGGCAUCGUUCAGAACCAAGUGAACAAUGUGACUGAGCCGGGUAAAAUCAGGCCAGUGCCGGUGAGAUCUUUGUCGAACAAGGACAGAAACAUGAUCGGUACUCACGUGGACGCUCAAGGUAGGCAGACGGACAAAUACUCGAGAUACGAUCCACCCGACUUCAACGAACUGGUGGACGACUCGUCGAACGAGUUGGAGAUCGACAUGUCAGACCCAACGGCCGAGAAAGACGAGUCCGACAGGGACAAGAUGAACGACAGGGACAGGGAUCGGACGUGUAGGAACAACGGUCAGUCGCCGCAAAAUUCCGCGAGGCAGCAUCAACAGCAUCAACAGCAACAACAGCAUCAACAACAACAAUUGUACUCCAAUUAUCACAGACAAUACAGUGAGAAUGGUAUGAAGGUAUCACCGAUCACCAUCACCACCACCUCCUCCUCUUCACCCCCAUCGAAUUCACCGUUCUCCGCAACAUCGGCGUUCAGACCACCCAACAGUGACCACGCGAAAGCGACUGGCCGCGGAACACCGUCAGUGGGCUCAGUUGCCUCGACGGCGAUUCCACCUAUCGGCCCGUAUCCAGCUUCCGCUACGUUCGUCGGUUACCCCACUGCCGGGCCGGGGCCAACGAUGCCGACACCCCAACCUGUUACAGGGAUCUCGCCCACCUCCGAAGACAAGCAUUCCUCCUCGGUCUCGUUGUUGCAAUUGAAAUCGUCCAAGGAGGAAGUCCAUCACGUGACGAGGCACGAGGUGACGCAGAACUCGGUGACGGGCAACAAAAGCCCAACCGGUGGCCUGCCAGCGGUUACCAGCCCCGAUUCCUCGAAACAGUACACGAUUCUUCAGCCGGCUGGUAUCGGGUCGAGAGCGGCCAGUGCAAUUCAGGACAUAGCCAGGGAGGGAGUGGUCAGUGUGACGGCUGUCAGCAGUUGUAGCACCAGCAACGGUAGCACAGCGAACGGUGGUAUCAAUAGUAACAGUAACAGCUGUGUCAACAACGUGGCCAGCAAGACUACGAGCAACAGCAACGGAAGUAGUGGUAACGCGAGCAACGUGACGAAUUCGGUCAGCAACGGGAAUAACGGGAACAAUGUGACGAACAGUAUCUCGAUCACCGCAGUCUCGACCAGCACGACCACGUCUAGUUCCACGACAGGUGUCGAGGCGUCGUCCGGGGCUGGUCAGCAAGAGACCGUGAUGAAAAUGCCCGAAAGACCUGUUACCUUCGAUGGCAGCAGACCGGGAAUGUCCAUGUCUCCGUCCAGUCUCAGCAGAGAGGGCAACAAGUGCCCGACCCCAGGCUGCACGGGGCAGGGUCACGUGACCGGACUCUACUCUCACCACCGCAGCCUAUCCGGUUGUCCACGAAAGGAUAAAUUAACGCCAGAAAUUCUGGCGAUGCAUGAGACUAUUUUGAAAUGCCCGACACCUGGUUGCAACGGCCGUGGCCAUGUCAGCUCGAAUCGGAACACGCACAGAAGCCUGUCCGGAUGUCCCAUUGCCGCGGCCAAUAAGCAGGCCGCACGCGAGGCACGACACAAGGCUCAAGUGUCCGGAAUUCCACCCGAAUACAUCAGUACGAACCUGUUGCCACCGUCGAUGGAUAGCAAGAGCUAUUCUCAAUACGGGUCCACGGCGCAGGACACCAAGCCGGUGCUGAGCAGUCUGACCUAUGACUACUACUCGACAACGAAGGGCAGCGGGAUCAACGUGAAACCACCGAAAACUCCAGAAGAGAAUCCCUCGUCCCGUACGGCCAAAGUAGUCCCCAAAACCGAGAACAUGACACCUAGCGGCAGUUGCUGCAACACCCUACCAUCCAGGGGGCAAAACACUUCCGACUUGCUGGUACCAAAAACGGAAGACACAGCCUCCUGUCGAGUGAACUCGCCGCCACCACCUCCCCCGCCCACGGUACGACCAACCUACGACUCGUACAUGAAUCAGGACUCGAAUUCCUCGUCGAUGUCCUCGAUGGACGCGAUGGGGUCCAGAGGAUCCAUCGGCGCGACGAUACAUCAUCCCAGCCAACAUCCAACGCACCACGUCCUCCCCAUGCAGCCCACGGUCGCUUAUCCCAUACCGAUGGUCGAGGAUACGAGGAUGGGUCACCAGAUGUCGCAGAGAUCGCCUUACGAAUCGUCCGCCAUGAUGGCCGCAGCGGCCGCGGCUGCUGCUGCGGCCACCACCAGCGAGGAACUUUAUCAUCACAGAACGGCUGAACACGCGAGGGCCUAUAUGCAUCCUGGAGCGAGCAACAUCGCACGCCCUGUCGUCACUUACUCCAACGAGAUCGCGAACGCGAGAGGUUACGAGAACGCGGUAGCAAACGCUGCCAAUCAUCGGCCGUACGAUCCUGGCACCACGUCCGCCUACGAGAGAUACGACACCCAAAAUUGUGCACCGAUCCAGUCGCAGCAGCAGCAGCAACAGCAACAGCAGCAGCAGCAGCAACAACAACAGCAGCAGCUACAUUCGAGGACGAACAUGUAUUACUUGGGGCAGACCGGGAUGACGCCGGAGGAACAGGAACGAGUGUACCAUCAGGAGGCUGCGGCUGCCGCGCAGCAACAUCAGAUGGCGAUGGCCGCUGCUACUGCUGCUGGGAUGAUGAAGACCGAGGACGUGAAAUGCGUCACGGUAGCGCAAGUCCAGCAAAUACAGAAACCCGGUGGUCCUCCGACCUCCCCAGGCGGAUCAGUGAUGGACUUGUCGACAUCCAGUGUCACAUCGACGAGCCCACAGGCGCCACCAUAUGGUUCCAAUAGUCUCAGUCCUCAAUAUGGCGGGGGCCAAACAGUCGGUGGCAGUCCCCAAGCUGCAGCAAGUCCGCAUUUAACUGCGAGUCCUCAGGUGCCCAGUCCGGGACAAACCCUCGAUCUUAGCGUCAACAGGCUUCAUAGCGGCGCGCCAAGUCCGCAAUAUCCAACCGGCCACGGAGAAGCUGUGGCGGUUCCAGUUGGACCUGGUUUUCCAGCACCCAGACCAAUCGAGGAGCAAACCGAGCCCGUUGACUUCUCGACGGCGAACGAGCCGGUCAAUUUCAGCGGGGGGCCUGGAAUCAGGCCUGUGCCAGGAUUCCCGCCACCCGGUGUGCACGUCACGGCAUACAGCCGAGAAAGCACCCCCGACAGUGGGGGUUCCCACUAUAUGGACGCUUACCGAGAUCCCACUGGUUACGGACCAAUGAGCCCACACCCAGGAUACGGAAUGACAGGCGUUCAACCGGAAUAUCCUGGGAACACGUACACUCCUUACCCCACUGCAGGCUACAAUUGCGGUGGAACUUAUCCCGGAGGUCCCGUGACUUCCGGUUACCAAAUCCCAGCUGGCUAUACGCCGACACCCUGCUAUAGCAUGCCACCCCCUCAACACACAGUCGGACCUCUCGAUAAACCUACGGGUAAAGACGAUAGUAUGAAUAUGAGGCGGCACUCGUUGAAUUUCGCGCCUCGGCCCGCCCCUCGUGGUCGCGAUGGCAAGGAGCUGAUACAGUGCCCCACGUCGUCCUGUGAUGGCAUGGGUCAUGUCUCGGGAAACUACGCUACCCACAGAAGCCUGUCCGGUUGUCCGCGAGCCGAUCGCUCCCAGAUCCAAGCGCAUUCUCAAGAGCUCAAGUGUCCCACGCCAGGAUGCGACGGUUCUGGACACGUGACCGGCAAUUACUCGUCUCACAGAAGUUUAUCAGGUUGCCCGCGUGCUAACAAACCGAAGAGCAAGCCUCGAGAUGGACAGGACUCGGAACCAUUGAGAUGUCCAAUCCCCGGUUGCGACGGGUCUGGCCAUGCCACUGGUAAAUUCUUGUCGCAUCGCAGCGCAUCGGGCUGCCCAAUUGCAAACAGGAACAAGAUGCGAGUACUAGAGUCCGGAGGCACGGUGGAACAACACAAGGCAGCAGUGGCCGCGGCGACAGCGAUGAAAUUCGAGGGUGUGAAUUGUCCAACGCCUGGUUGUGACGGGAUCGGGCAUAUAAACGGGUCGUUCUCCACUCACAGAUCACUGUCUGGUUGCCCGAUCGCGGGUCACGCGGUGAAAAAGCCAAAGUUCGAAGACAUGUCGAGCAUGUACAGCAAAGGAAUCACCGGAGUGGACACCAGUGGUCCGGCUCACGGGGGUGCGGUGGGUACGGGUCAGGGUAACACGAGUGGUAGCGGUACCGCCAGUGGCCAGAGCGAGGAUCUCUACACACUGGAGGCCGAGAUCACGGAACUCCAGAGAGAGAAUGCUCGGGUCGAAUCGCAGGUGCUGCGCUUGCGCUCCGAUAUCACCGCCAUGGAGAACCAGCUGAAACAAGGUGAAAAGGAAACGGCGGCGACUGUUCAGCGAAACAACAAUCUGACCGAUUACUAUCAAUCGCUGCGCGAAAAUAUGAUAACUUUGUUGGAGCACGUGCGAAUACCGAACGCCCCAGGCGGACCGCAAGAGAAGAUGAGCCACGAGAACUUCGACAGUUACCUGACGAAGCUGCAGACACUGUGCACCGCCGAUGGUUAUUGCGCGGACGAGGCGAACAGGCCGAUAUACGAGACGGUGAAGACCGCGCUGCAGGAUUUCACGGUCCUACCGACACCCAUCUGAGACCAUCCUUAAAGCUCCAUGAUCGGAUACAACGUGACAGGGACGUGUUUCAUGCGGUGACUUCGUUAUCAUUGUGGCGGUGCUGAACGGUUACCAUGAUGUUUGACACGGAUGUUUGCGUGCAUGCCAACACUGAGGGGACAAUUCGUGCGAUAAACGUGAACACAAAUCGUGUGUCGGUAAAUGAGCAGAGGAAGAGACCUUCUGUCGGAUAGAUAUUGUGUCAGGGUGUCUCUCCGUGUCAAGAGAGAAGAAUUCACAUGAACUUUUUAAGAAUUAUCGGGUGAUCUGUUUGUGUACCAAGGGAAAACGGUGCUUUCGACUGUCGAUAAAUCGGCAAUGAAUAUUGGACACAUCGACGACUAUUGUAUAGACUGUUAGUAAAUGUUUUAAAAAAUGGUAUCUAAGGGAUAUCCUCUGAUGAUCAUUCAGUGCGAUCUCGUAGAACCGUGCGGACUGACGUUGCUCAUAGCGAUAUCUUUUGUAUAUAAUGAACACGUAGGGCGUAAGAGCGUAGGAUGUAAGAUCAACUGCGAGAAUCACAAAGACUCGUAGUAAUCGUGAUUGUAAAUAGACGGAAGAGAAUGCAUUUAUAUAAAUAUAUACAUAUAUAUAUAUAUAUAUUAUUCGACGAAAAAAAAAAGAAACGUUAAUGUGGUUAUCAUUCUUAAGACAUGU